AUGAUUCUCGCUUUGGCGGACGCCUGGGAGUGGCAGCCUCCGCAGGCAGUGUCCUCACGACCCCUGAGCUCUGGGCGGGGUCUCAACUACAAAAAGGCUCGCACACCGACGCUCCUCUCCUUUGCGUUUCCACCGGCUCCCCAUCGUCCUUACAGGGAGGAAGAAGCGGGUGAGAAGCAAACACUUCUCUUUCCACCGUUCUACCUGUUUCUGCAGACUUGUUCUGAGGCCGAGGAGUCUUUGUUGGAAGAGAUGGUGAUGGUCCUAAGCCCCCUGUUUUUCGUCUUCAUGCUGGGUCUGGGUCUGACCCCACUGACCCUGGCUCAGGGUGACUACAGAUACAGACACUUCCUGUUCCAGCACUAUGAUCCCACACCACAGGGCCGGGAUGACAGAUACUGUGAAAGAACGAUGGAGAAACGAAAGCUGACCCAUCCCUGCAAAGAAAUCAACACCUUUAUUCAUGGCAACAGUGAUGACAUCAAGGCCAUCUGUGACGAUAAGAAUGGAAAACCUUACAACAACAGUCUCAGAAUAAGCAAGUCUCCCUUCCAGAUCACCAUUUGUAAGCAUAGAGGAGGGUCCCUCCGGCCUCCAUGCCGGUACAGAGCCACAAAAGCGUACAGAGUCAUUGUUAUUGGCUGUGAAAAUGGCUGGCCCACCCACUUUGAGGAGUCCUUUAUCCCUCCAAGGCAGUAGCCUAGAGCUGGCUCUGCUCUUCUUUCCUUGCAUUUCCCCCUCAUACUGUAGCAACAUUCAUUGCUAGGAAUCCAGAAAAU